AUGGCAAGUGUCCAUCCAACUGACCGUGAAUCCAACGAAAAUGUGUCAACCUGGAAGGCAGUGAGCAAAUGGUUGCCAUUUCCAUUUGGCGAUCAUCCAUGGUGGAUAGAUGGCACUACUCGUGUACCGGACGAAAAGGAGGACAAUCCCCGCCUCCGGCGGGCCGGAGUGAUUAACAUAUUUGACCAUAAUGGUUUCGACUUUCAGGUCUUCAUCGUCGCUGCAUCGGGCUUCCUCACGGAUUCUUACGCCCUCUUCGCAACUAACGUUAUCCUCCCAAUAUUGGCUUUUUUGUACUGGCCAGACCAAACAAACCGCCAGCCAGAACUCUAUAUCAAUGUUGCGACGUUGGCUGGCUCAGCCUUUGGACAAUUACUGUUCGGCUGGCUGACAGACCGACUUGGACGACGGAAGCUUUAUGGACUUGAAUUGGCCCUGGUGGUCUUUGCCACGCUUGGAAUGGCUCAAGCAUCAACAGGCAUGUACAAUAAUAUGCACAUUUUGAGUUGGAUUGUGUUCUAUCGCUUUUUCCUCGGAAUUGGGAUUGGCGCCGAGUACCCUCUGAGCGCGGUGAUAACGGCCGAGUUUGCUAGCACGAAAUAUCGUUCCAAAAUGAUGGCAGCUGUGUUUCUGAUGCAGCCACUGGGACAAUUGCUGGCAGCCGCCGUGGGUUGGGGGGUUAUGGCAGGGCUGAUGCGAUCGCGAGGCCUGCAAGGACUUCCAGACCACGGGCCAGCGUUUGAAAAGCUUCCGCUAGAACAGAAACAGCUAAUUCUCUCGACGCUGGAUAGCGUCUGGCGCUACAUCGAUCUGCUGAUUAUUGCUAGAUUUUUGCUUCUAUGCACUUGGAAUCAACUCUUCACGCCCCAUUCUGCUCUCUGGGCGUCCCAUGUUGCCAAUGUUACGACAUUCACCACGCUACCGGCAGCUGCCACUAGCAUCACGAUCCCUAUUACUCAAGCAGUGACCGCCAAUGGGAGCAUCUAUAAUCUGACCACCUCCGGUGUGGCAGAUUUUCCACCUGUGACAGCCACUUUGACUACUGUUGCACCUGCCACUUACUCCGGUCUCAAUGUGCCUGACUAUCUGAAUAUCUGGGAUCCCACAUACAACAUGCUCGAUGAAAUAUCGAACAAUGCAAGGUAUUACAUCUACACUAUCUCUAUCGGCUCUUUGGUUGGCGGUGGGCUUCUUAUUUUUUUGAUUGAUUAUAUACCUCGGAAGACGUGGUUAGUGUGCUCGUUUCUUCUACUGAGUGUUUUGUUUGCCGUGCUAGGGGGUGUUCUAGUAGCCACUGAAUUUAGACCUGGGCAUUGGGCAACUGUGGUUCUUUAUGCCUCGUGUCAGCUACUUUUCAAUCUCGGUGAGUUUGGUUCGAAUCUAAGCCUUCGAUAUUCAAGAGUACUCACUCGUGCACAUACAGGUCCAAACACUUUGACUUAUAUCGUGAGUGUCCCUAGCGCUUUCGCGUUGAACAAACUGUAG